CGUCCCAUUUGGCGAUGCGAUGUGCCGUUUGUAUCGAUUCACGGAAAAGCUCGAUAUAUCGUGUCGUCGCGAUGCUCCGCUUUUCAGCACCUCCGAUUGGCUGUGCGUUUACUGAAGAAUUAAUGGCACACUUCGUCUCUGCAACUGCACCUCUUUCUUCUCCUCUUCUCACCGCUCUUCGACCUGGCUGUGUAUCCGUCUCGUUUUGAGUGCAGAAAGUGAGCGACGCGAUGACAAUACCGCGGGGAGGAGAUCUCGCAUUCUCGGCAUUCUCGCCACGCUCGUUCCGCAACAACAGUUCGCAACGCAAUAUCAACAGUAUUGUGUUCGAGCCUUUGAAAGCCGAUCGUUCCGAGAACUGUGCCUCUUCGCAAUGGCAUGCCGUUUAAACUAAACGUGAAAGUUUGAUACAUGAUCUCUCGUCUUCACAAUACGAUAUUACUCUUCGUUACGAAGACAUUUUUCGAACGUCGAUUUUUAGCCACGUUGCGCUGCGAAUUUGUACUCCAGUUUCUCCAAUUCUUUGUUCUAAUUCUUUUUCUUCAACUUUUUCGCUAAUUUUGCAUAAGAUUUUGGAUAUGCACAUAUGAUUGUUGAGAAAAAGAGAGACAUGAUUAUCGUUAUAUGACAUUUUUUACAUAACCUCUCGCUAUGCCCGUUUUAUCCAGAACGAUUUAAAGAUUAUUUAAAAAAUUUUAAAUAUAACAAAAACAUGUCCCUACAUGAAAAGAUACCUGGCGAUAUAUUGCCUUCGAAGAAGGAAAGUCAAGGCUAUAUCGAUGAUUUAGGGAAGAAAGAAAGGUUUCAGUUGGAAGAGCUUUUAGAGAGACAGGAAACAAUUCUUGCUAAUAAGAAUUUGAUCUCAAGGCUUCCCGACAGAGGAGAAAAAAUUAUAAACUUUCACGAUAAAAUACUGCAGGAACUCAAACGUAGAGAUGAGGUGGAAGAGAUGGCAAGUGUGCUGUCGCGGCUUAACAUAGCAUCCGAAGGCAAAGCGGCUAUGAGCAAAUUGGAAUGGACAGGAAAAUAUAAUGAAAAAGAUGAUAAAGAUGUGACCAAAAUCGUUGAGCUGGACAGUGACGACGAGGAAGAUCCAUUGAAGAUACUAGCUCAGCCUACAGGAACUGGUGUUCACAACAAGAAAAUUAUACAUGUGGCACCUGAGGAGAGCCUCAUCAAACCUGAAGACAUAGCAGAGAUUGAAACCUUCAAGACGGAUCCUUCAGACAUAGAGCACGUUAAAUAUAUCGUUGAUAAAGUAGAGAAGACGCAGAAAACUAAUAAAAAAGAAUCAUUUAAACCAUAUAAAACGACCAAGAGCAAUGUACACGAUCCAAUGAAGGAGAAACAAAGAAAAUUGCAUAAAAAUUGGGAGGUCACAGCAGCAACACCACCUCUUAUAGUUCACGGAGCUGCACAGGUUCUGAGUUUGAACGAAUCUUUAAGAUUGCAGAAGAAUCAAACAGAAAAGUUACAGGAAAUCCAAGCAAAACAUGCAGUGGAACGUUUAGUUAAUCAAUUAGGAUUACAUGAUAUCGGUCCUGUACCGCGAAACGUAGGCAAUUACCGUUCGCAGUAUACAAACGGUGACUAUUCCUCUUCUUCGGAUGAUGAAGAACACGAAGUGCACGAUGAAGAAGACAACGACAGAAGCGGAACAGUUGUUUUUACCGUGGAUUCUAUAGAAAGCUAACAAAGACUGUUACAUUUAAUGCACAUGUGCGAGAAAUCAAUUCUAAAUAUAUUAAUUUAUUUUUGCUUUAAUAAAAUCGUUUUCCUACGA